AAUACAUUUUGUUCACCUAUGUAUGAGUCCGCCGCAUGACAUUAGAUUUACCUUGCUCGAAAUGGAUUGGCUCUCUACCGGAUCUAGAAACUACAGUUAGGCCCUAUUUCCACUAUAAAUUGAGGCCGCGAGAGCCAUUUAGGUCAUUCUGGUCUGUUAGAGACACAAGAAAUAUAUUCUUUUUCGGUAUAGGUCGUUAAGAAAACGCUUCUCUAGUAUUUUUGUAGUCGACGGAAAAUGUGCACAGUAAAGCUUGCAUUGUUUUUUCUUGUGAUGUGGGGCAAAUCAAUCGCCCUACCACUGGAUUCGCUGACUAAAGACUAUACAGAAUCAACUUCAGUAACCGUAACUUCAAGUUCACCAGCUGCAACAGAAUCCUUCAAUGAAACGUAUUUAGAAGCUAAUCUCACAAACUCCACUGACAUUAAUACAACACAUUUAACUGAAACGAGCAAGAUAACUUCCACGGAACACCCGUUCAUGGCAUUUCUGGACUCGGAGGGUCUAAACGUGACAGAAAUUGCUACUACAAACUCAACAGAAACUAUCAUGGAAAAGGCAACAGUUUCUUCAAUAACAGAGGAAAGAGAAUUUUCUACAACUUUGACUGACAACUUCAAUGACACCAAUGUGAUUCCGACAGACAAGAACAGCAACGGCAUCCCAAAUAACACUGGGACCAAUGGUGUGGCAACGAUCAAUGAACCAAAUGUCAUCUCAACUACCAAUGACACUAAUGUCAUCCCAUCUACCAAUGACACUAAUGUCAUCACAUCUACUGAUGAUACUAAUGCCAUCCCAUCUACCGAUGGCACUAAUGUCAUCACAUCUAUUGAUGCUACCAAUGCCAUCCCAACUACAAAUGAAACCAAUGUCAUCUCAUCUACCAAUGACAACAAUGCCAUCCCAUCUACCAAUGACUCUAAUGUCAUCUCAUCUACCAAUGACACUAAUGUCAUCACAUCUACUGAUGAUACCAAUGCCAUCCCAUCUACCAAUGACACUAAUGUCAUCUCAUCUACCAUUGACAACAAUGUCAUCACAUCUACCAAUGACUCUAAUGUCAUCUCAUCUACCAAUGACACUAAUGUCAUCACAUCUACUGAUGAUACCAAUGCCAUCCCAUCUACCGAUGGCACUAAUGUCAUCUCAUCUACCAAUGACAACAAUGUCAGCCCAUCUACCAAUGACUCUAAUGUCAUCGCAUCUACCAAUGACACUAAUGUCAUCACAUCUACUGAUGAUACCAAUUCCAUCCAAACUACAAAUGACACCAAUGCCAUCCCAAAUAACAAUGCAAGUAAUGUUAUCACAUCUACUGAUGAUAACAAUGCCAUUCCAACUACAAAUGACACCAAUGUCAUCUCAACUACCAAUGACACUAAUGUUAUAACAUUUACUGAUGACACCAAUGCCAUCCCAUCCACUAAUGACACCAAUGUCCUCUCAACUACCAAUGAAACUAGUGUCAUCCCAUCUACUGAUGACAACAAUGCCAUCCCAAAUAACAAUGCAAGUAAUGUUAUCCCAUCUACUGAUGACAACAAUGCCAUCCCAAAUAACAAUGCAAGUAAUGUUAUCCCAUCUACUGAUGACAACAAUGCCAUCCCAAAUAACAAUGCAAGUAAUGUUAUCCCAUCUACUGAUGACACCAAUGCCAUCCCAACUACCAAUGACACUAAUGUCAUCUCAACUACCAAUGACACCAAUGCCAUCCCAAUUACCAAUGACAGCAAUGCCAUUCCAUCUACUAAUGACACCGAUAUCACAAACGCCAAUAAUACCAAUAACACCACAGUUAUCCCAUCUACCAAUGAUAUCGAGUUCAUCUCAACGAUUAAUGAUACCAUUGAAAUCAAUGCUCAACAAAUUAGCAAUGACCUAUCAACUACAAGUGUCUCUCCAACUACUAUAGAAGUGGUUCCAUCAAUAACUUCCACUCCAACCACCUCUACCACCACAGCUAUCCCAUACAACUCUACCACCACAACCAUCCCAACAACCUCUACCACCACAACCAUCCCAACCACCUCCACCACAACAACUAUCCCAACCACCUCUACCACCACAGAUAUCCCAUACAACUCUAGCACCACAACCAUCCCAACCACCUUUUCCACCACCACCAUCCCAACCACCUCUACCACCACUAUCCCAACCACCUCUACCACCACUAUCCCAACCACCUCUACCACCACAGAUAUCCCAUACAACUCUACCACCACAACCAUCCCAACCACCUUUUCCACCACCACCAUCCCAACCACCUCUACCACCACUAUCCCAACCACCUCUACCACCACUAUCCCAUACACCUCUACCACCACAGAUAUCCCAUACAACUCUACCACCACAACCAUCCCAACCACCUUUUCCACCACCACCAUCCCAACCACCUCUACCACCACUAUCCCAACCACCUCUACCACCACAGAUAUCCCAUACAACUCUACCACCACAACCAUCCCUACCACCUUUUCCACCACCACCAUCUCAACCACCUCUACCACCACUAUCCCAACCACCUCUACCACCACAGAUAUCCCAUACAACUCUACCACCACAACCAUCCCAACCACCUUUUCCACCACCACCAUCCCAACCACCUCUACCACCACUAUCCCAACCACCUCUACCACCACAGAUAUCCCAUACAACUCUACCACCACAACCAUCCCAACUACCUCUACCACCACAACCACCCCAAUCACCUCUACCACCACAACCUUCCCAACCACCUCUACCACCACAACCACCCCAACCACUACUUCCACCACAACCAUUCCAACCACUACUUCCACCACAAAGCUCUCCAAUCCAACAGCGCCACCUAGCCCCCCGUUUCAAUGUUACGAAUGCUCCAGUGGAGCACCUGGUUACUGGCAGUUCACUGAAUGUCCAGCAAAUGGCAAACUUAAAGGCUGGGCUAGGCAGGGAACAUACACAUGUAGCGGACCUUGCGUUCAGACUGUAACCAGAUGGCCAUUAGGAAACGUUGUUCGAGGCUGUUCUACAAACUACAAUUUCCAGUUUCAAGUGCCCUCUAGCGGCUGUCGGAAAUACCAAGAAGACAUCGUCUGCUUCUGUUCGGGGAAUAAAUGCAACAAAGGGGACAUGACUGUGGAGCAAGCGAUACUUUUAACAAAAUUUUCCUAAUGGAGUUAGGGCACCUGAAUUAUUACAAUUAUGUUAUUUGAAAACAUCCAACAUUCAGAAAAAAAAUAUCUAUUAACACUUAAAACACUUAAACAGUUUUUUAAUUGUUUAAAUAUAAUCAGUUGUAAUCACACAAAAAAAAGUAUAUCAGAUGUCAUUUUCAUUAUGCUUUGACAGACCACGAGAAAAAUGUCCUUUCAGAAUGUUCUGAAUAUCUUAGGACAUAAUGAAAUCUCAAUUUGCUUACAUUUGCUUACAUUAUAAUUACAUAUAUACUUGUGAAGACGGAUAUGUACGAGAGUAUGUGUACGUGAAUGAAAGUCACAUUUACAAUUGGCCAGUUACCAUAUUGCAGGAUCGCAACAAAUGGCAUUAACUCUUUCUCUCCUAAACUGAACACCAUGAAGCAUGCUUCAAAGUCAAUUUCUAUAUCUAGUAUAGAUUUUUAAAAACUUAUUUCAUUAUUUUAAUAUUUAAAAAAAAAAAUAGUAUUUCUUAAAAAGAUGUAAAAAGUAAACUGUUAAAGAAAACGUCUCCAACGUAUAUGGCCGCCCCCCCCCCCCCCCUGCAUACUUCCCAAGUGAAAGUAGAACCUGGUUGUGCGUUCUAAAGUAUAGUAGUAUUAAAGCAAACAUUGUAAAAAAGGGAGAAGACAUAGGCUAUAGGUGUUAGCACAAUGCAAGUGUCCGAUCGCUGGUAGAGAAGCGUGAAACGGAACGUUUUUUUCUUGUUGAAGAGAAAAUGUGUUUUUUUUAAAUAUAUUUUUUUAAAUUUUUUUUUUAUGUAUUUAUAUUUUUUUUAUAUCUUUUUAAUAGAUGUUUCACGUUUUUUUUUUACGAUUUCGAAAAUCCAUUUAAUGAAGACAAUCAAUAAAAGUUAUAAAAAAACAACAA